GGAUCUAGGAGAUAAACAGCGAAACCCAACUGGAAAAUGAAGAAACGGAGAACCUAGGAGUCCUAGACAACGUCCCUUUUGCUGGGUUCCAGGAAUCGAGAUCGUAUCCUACCUGGAUGGUACUGCUAGCUCUCUCUUUUCAGAAGGCAUCUUGGCCCACAGGGAAGUAGAAUCCAGCUUUCCUGGUUACCAGCCCCCCCCCACCUUUAACCCCCUAGGAGCUACUGUUUUGCUGUGAACCUAAACACCCCAGCUUCCAGUUUAUCCCCCGUCUAACCAGUUAGAUACCUCUCCCCCACCCCCUCCCAGCUGGGGCCUCCCUGCCCUCCAGUUCCCACCUGCCAACAAUUCCAUGGCAACCACCACAGCUUCCUCUAUGUACCCUGAGGAGGAAACCCGUCGGACUCCUUUCCCUCUGACCCCACCUGCUCUGGGAGAUGAGUUCUAUCCCUUUGGGGGUGAAAGGCAGCAAUCUUUUGUGGGUGAUGUGGUUGCUGGGGACGUGGAGUCUGAAGAUGCAGAUUUGAGGGUUCUGCUGCAGAGGAAGGAACAGGAUCUACUGCUGGCAGCUGAACUGGGAAAGAUGCUACUGGAACGGAAUGAGGAACUGAGUCGGCGCUAUGAGGAGUUAGCAAAGGAGCACACGGAGACCAUGGAGCAUCUUGAACAAGAGAAACAUGAACUCCGCCGGCAUCUUGAAUCAGGUCGGGCCGAGUUUGAGACUCGUGUGACAGAACUGGAGGCUGACUUGGGGGCUGCCCGAGCCCAGCUGGGACAGCAACGACUGGAGCAGCAGGACACCAGCCGUGAGAGCUCACAGGUUGUCCUGGACAUGUCAGAACAGAACCAGCGCCUGGUGGAACAGCUCAGCCAGGUCUCCCAACUGGAGCAGCAGCUGCGGGAAGAACUGAGCCUGCUGCGAGGGGAGCACCGGACCUUGGCCCUUAGCAGUGCAGAACAUGCUGCCCGAACACAAAGCCUGCAAGCUGAGAAUCUUCUGUUACAGGAGUGGAAGCAAGAUUUGGAGAGACAGACGCAUCAGCUUCGGGAAGAGAAUGAAUCCGUCCAGGCCCUGGUGGACACCUUGCAUGAAAACCUCCUUCUGUUACGCAAAGAAAGUCAUGAGAAGGAGCUGCGGAUGCAAUUACUCGAAGCCGAAGCGGAAGAACUGCGGGCCUCCAACCGUCGUCUUCAACAUCAAGUCAAGGAGAUGAAGGAAGAGAUCCGGCUGCACGACUUAGAUACCUCAGUCAAUUCCAUCCAGUCAGAAAUCGAAAACAGCUUGGAGGAUGCUCCGGGAGCACCUGGGCAGGCCCUGAAGCAGAUGGUCAAUGGCACCGGCAAGGCUGCUCCUGCUGCCACAGCACCAAAGAAUCCCUCACGGAGAUCUGAGGAGGAGGAGGCUGAAUAUGCCAAAAGGGUGUUAGCUCUGAGCCAUCAGGAACAAGAUAUUUUGAAGCAGAAAGAAAUGGAGAUCGUGAAACUCCAGGAUCAGGUCACUCUGCAGUAUGUGGAACUUUGCAGUUUAAGGUCAGAGAUAGAGAACCAAAGGCGCCUGUAUCAAGAGAGCAACCGGGAUGAGGCCUUGAAGUUAGCCAUAUCGGAUCGGGAUGAGGCGAUAAUAAAGAAAGGCGAGAUGGAAUUGGAACUGGCAAAAAUCUCACUGGAACGAGAUUCCAUGAGCCAGCAAUUAUUGCGUGUUGUGCGGCAGAAGAUGGCUCUUUCCCAGGAACUAGAAGCUUGGCAGGAUGAUAUUCAAUACAUCAUCCACCAGCAACUGCUCCAGAAGCAGCAGGAAUGGACUCACACCAUCACUCCUUCACCUAAGAGCCCAACACAAGGCAAAAACCCUCCUCUUUUUCGCCGUGGCACCAGCACUCCCAAUGGUACCGGCUUCCUCUCUCUUUUCCGGAAAAGUUGAGGGGCCUGGAGAUGAUGGGGAACUCCUGAGAUGCUUGAAGAAAGGAGGUGGAGGGAAAUAUAAAAUGCCAGUACUGGAUAAAGAACGAGGCUGAACCUGGACAGCAGUUGCCAGCGAGAUGCAUCUGGGGUUGAAUUGGCUCUAGAGGCUCAUCAGUUUAAUUCUAGGCCAAAAGAAUUUGUUUUCUUCCUCUAGUUCAGUCAUAAGCGCAUCAAUACCAUUUCUCCAUCAGUGAGGCUGACAUUCUGAAGUGGUCUAAUGGAAGGUUCAGGGCAUCAUAUCCAGUCAGAAGUUGGUCCUUGCUGCUCAAGCGGGGAUCUAGAUACCUACCAUAAUUCACAUCUGACUGGGAUCGGUGGAGAGUUCUAAGAUGUAUCAGUGGAUCAGCCACUCCUGCCAAUGAAUGUCCCACAUCACUCUUGGCUUGGUAGGAUAUUCUAGUUUGAAAGAUAUGCAUUGAUCCAGGUGGUGGGUAAGUGGUAACAUAAACCACCAUGACCAGAGGGACGGCAUCAAUUGGCCAUGUGAUUAUUAUUACUAUGGGCCAAGUAAAACUCACACAAUUCCCUUUCUUUAUUGGCCAGCAGGAUUGCCUUCUUCAGAAAAUAUUGGGUAAUGGCAGAUGCUCUGGAUUACUCAACAAACAACCCCCCCCCCAAAAAAACUAUUGAUCUUUAAAAAAAAAUUCUUCUGGCCAUUGUACACCUGUCUGUACUCCAAAAGAUGUUCUGGAUUACCCAAAUGGUUAGUCAGUCUUCUGAAACAUGGCUCCACAGAAUUUUCUAGAACCAUCUACAGACACAACCUUGUCAGAUCUGUACAUGCCUCCGCUGCUUGGCUUUUUGCCAAAAGGGGGCCUGACCUCUUAGGUACUGAUAUGUUUACUCUCUUGUAGAUUAAAAGCUCUGACAGUAGUGGGCAUAAAUAACAUUAUCUCACUACAGUGAGGGGGUAAAGAAAUCAUACUUGACUUCUUAGAAGUCUGAAACAAGGACUGUCAAAUUGUCCAUCUUGGAAAGUAAUGAUAAUUGCACUGCUGAACAAUCCACUUGUAUGUUCUGAGGCUGUGCCUCUCUGUUCUGUUAGCACUUUAAAUGCCUGUGUUGCCCUGCUUUGCAUUUUGGCUGCCUUCCUUACAGACGAACUCCAAGGAAUCGACCUGUGAUUGCGCACUUGAACAGGAGGAUGGAGAAAAAAAGAAAAGACCCUGCUCACUUGUCUUCUUCUGGGACUGGGAUUCUUGAAACGUCAAGGUGAUUUCAGCAUGGUAGUAGAAAGUGCCAUCAAGUCAUAGCUGACUUGUGCUGACCCCCCCCCCCAGUGGGGUUUUCAAGGCAAAAAACUAACAGAGGUGGUCUGCCAUUGUCUGACUCUGCAACUCUGGUCUUCUUUGAAGGUCUCCCAUCCAAUUACUAAACAAGGGCCAAUCUGCUUAGCUUCAGAGAUCUGAUGAGAUCGGGCUCACCUGGGCAAUCCAGGUCAAAUUUCAACAAGGGGGUGCUGCCAAUUUCUCUGUCAAACUGCACACUAGCAGCAUCAUUUCCCCCACCCCUCCAAUAGGUGGCGAUGUUACCCACAAUAUACUAGGGCUCCCGCUUUGCCCAGGUUUUCUUUGCAUAUAUAUAUGCAAAUAAGAAAUGGUCAUUUCUCUCCUCUGCACCUGCAGGGCUUGUUCUUUCCCCCUUUCCCUCCUUAUUUCACAGGAACACAUUAAAAAUACACAAAGCAGAUACUAUUGUGACUUUCCCCCCCAGCUACUUAAGGCAUGGGGAACUUAAAAAAAAAAUUACAGUUAAAUAUCAAGGCUGACAAGAUGAACCAAAAUAUUUAUCUAUAACAAAGAAAAUGUAUGUUAUAGUGUUCUGUCAUAUAUUUUGUUAAUAUAAGUUUAAUAAUAUUCUGUUUAUUAAACAAAGAUGUAUAGUUUUAAACUUCA